AUGGGGAUCAAAGCUGCACUUCCCAAGUAUGAGAUCUAUUUCUACUACAUGGUGCUGUGUCUGUCCAUGUUUUGGGCCACCAGCUGGAUCUUUGAGGUCUCCAGUUCCAAUGCAAACCGAAAGACAUUCAAAACCAACGUGAAGCCAGGAUGGUACUACUUUGGAAGAAAAAUGGAUACAACUGAUUUUGAGUGGAUGAUGUGGUUUUCCACAUUCAGAGAUCACAUCCUGUUUGCUCUCUCUGGACAUGUGCUGUUCGCUAAGAUCUGCACCAUGCUGGCUCAACAGUACAGGUCCUUGGUGUACUUGGUGUACGGUCUCCUGGCUGUAUGGACCAGUAUGGGCUGGACCUACGUCACCCUCAUCCUGUCACACUGUAUUCUGCUCUACAGCAUUUCUUUAGUAAAAAUACGCUGGCUUUGCUUCGCCACUGGUCUCUGUACCCUUGCUACAUUCAAGUGUGAACCUUUCGUGUCCUGGCAGGCAGGUUUUGUGGAGGGAGACUUUGACCUGCGUCAUGUUCUGUUCUAUGGAGGUUGUGGUUUUACCAUCAUGCGCUGUAUGAGCUUUGCUCUGGAGAACUGUGAACGAAAAGACGGAAACUACAGCAUCCUGGAGCUGCUCAAGUACAACUUCUACCUCCCGUUCUUCUAUUUUGGGCCAAUCAUGACCUUUGAUAAAUUUUAUGUACAAGCCAACAAAUCAGACCUGACCAGGAAAGAGCGGGAGAUGUGGAACAUUAGUCUGCAGGGCCUGAUCCACCUGGGGAUCAUCAUUGUGGUGGACAUCCUCUUCCACUUCAUGUACAUCCUCGCCAUCCCCACUGACGUAAAGCUGCUGAAGCACCUCUCUGACUGGGCUCUAGUGGGCUUGGCGUACUUAAACCUGGUGUAUGACUGGGUAAAAGCAGCUGUCAUGUUUGGAGUUAUCAAUACAGUGUCCAAACUGGAUCACCUUGACCCACCCAAGCCACCAAAAUGCAUCACAAUGCUCUACGUGUUUGCUGAAACCCACUUUGACAGAGGAAUCAACGACUGGCUGUGCAAGUAUGUGUAUGAUUACCUGGGUGGAAAGCAUGAGAAUGUGAUUGAGGAGCUGGUGGCCACGCUCUGCACCUUUGGCGUUACCAUGCUCUGGCUGGGACCCUGCGAAGUGGUACUGCUCUGGGCUUUCUUUAACUGUUUUGGACUCAACUUUGAGCUGUGGGCUGCCAAAUUCUUCUCCAUGGAGCCUUUUGCUUCUUUUGAGUUGGCGAUGUCAGAAGCGAUGUCCCGCAGGAUCAGAGGCAUCUUUAAUACCUUCAACUUCUGGAGCAUUGUGCUUUUCAACAUCUUGGCCUUGAACAGUUUGGACUUUGCCAAGUUGGUUGCCAAACGGCUGCUCCUCAAAGGCUUCCCUAUAACCACCAUCAUCGUCAUGUUUGUGACUUACUGCCUGAUCCAAGUCAUCAAAGAGAGAGAAAGGCGACAGGCCCUUAUCGAUGAUCCUGAUCCUCUCCCUCCCACCCCACCUCCAACCGCUGCCACUAGUCCAACCAGCACUGCAGCUGCAGCCGCCGCCACCCAGCCUGCCGCAGAUCCCAGCAAGGAGAAGGCAGAGUAG